GGAUUAUCAUCAAUUUGUUAUUUGACUUUGAGCUUAAAAAAUUUUUUAUUUUUUGACAAUUUACAAAAUGGGUCGACUUUGUGUUAUUUGUGACAAAGAACGGGCAAUAAUAAAAAGACCAAAAACAGGUCAAAAACUUUGUAAAGAAUGUUUUUAUUAUGUAUUUGAAACGGAAAUUCAUAACGCGAUUAUAGACAAUAAAUUAUUUAAGAAAGGUGAUAGGAUCGCUAUUGCUGCAUCUGGAGGAAAAGAUUCAACGGUAUUAGCUCAUGUUAUGAAACUUUUAAAUGAGAGAUAUCAAUAUGGAUUAGAACUUUUUCUUUUAUCUGUUGAUGAAGGAAUAACAGGUUACAGAGAUGAUUCGUUAGAGACUGUAAAGAGAAAUCAACAACAAUAUGAAUUACCCCUCAAGAUCAUUUCAUAUAGUGAAUUAUAUGGAUGGAGUAUGGAUCAAAUUGUAAAAGAAGUUGGAUUAAAAAAUAACUGUACUUUUUGUGGUGUAUUCAGACGUCAAGCAUUAGAUAGAGGAGCUGUGAUACUUAAUGUUGACCAUAUAGUAACAGGGCACAAUGCGGAUGAUAUUGCCGAAACAGUUUUAAUGAAUAUCUUGAGAGGCGAUAUAGCAAGACUUCAAAGAUGUACAGAGAUAUGUACGACUGGUGAUGGAUGUAUACGAAGAUCAAAACCGUUCAAAUACACUUACGAGAAAGAAAUCGUCAUGUAUGCAUAUUUUAAGAAGCUUGAUUAUUUUUCGACGGAAUGCAUAUAUUCACCUAAUUCAUAUAGAGGUCAUGCUAGAACGUUUCUAAAGGAUUUAGAAUCUGUUCGACCCAGUGCUAUUAUUGAUAUAAUACAUUCAGGUGAAGCAUUUGAAAUCAAGAAAGAAGUAAAAUUACCUACACAAGGAGUAUGUAAGAGAUGUGGAUAUAUGUCAAGUAAUGAACUAUGUAAAGCGUGUGUAUUAUUAGAAGGAUUAAAUAGAGGUUUACCAAAGUAAGUCAAUAAAUACAGUCAGAUCUCGAUAUACUGAUAUUCUACAUUAAAAACGAUAUAUAACGAUAAAAUUUUACUUUCCCGCUAUAUGAGAAUAUCGGUAUAAUUUGAUAUAACGAUAUUUUUCAAUGAUUUUCAU